AUGGCGGUUCACCAUGACUAUCCCGGACUGACAGUAGAAAUACUUGUCGAUGGAAAGCCGCUCGAAGAGUACAAGAAUACAGACGAGGAGGAGAAACCUAACACUAUCACACGAUACGUUGAGUGCCGGUCAGGCGCGGAGUUUGCGAUAACGACUAAGUUCAGAGCACCAUUCACCCCAAUGGACGCGCUAUUACGCGCAUGUCUAGACGAAAUGAAAGUCAAUGGAAAGUUUGUAAAGAAGCAUGGGAUGUUGGAAGGAACCCACUGUCAGUCAAAGAUAACGUGGAGAGAAGGCGGGUCAUGGUUGGCAUCUAAUUUUGUCUUCUCAGACCUUAGCAUCGACAUCGAAGUAGAAGACAACAGCAGUGAAGCAUCCGAAGAAAAUCUAGAGACUCUCAGUUCAGUAGGCACUAUAACUCUUGUACUUACACAAGUUCUCAGCUACCGGACAAUAUCAAAGCCAAGAGGCAAGAAGGUAACAUUAAGGGAAGUUGGACGAGUAUCUGAAGAGUCUGUCAAAGGCGAUGUGCGCUCUCAUACUAUAAGGCUCACACCAAAUACGAUCAUAGAAGCCCGCAAGGGAACUCGAUCCAAAUUGGCUGCAGAGCCUUUCGUCACGUUCCAAUUCAAGUAUCACUCGAACACCGCACUCAAAUCUCUCGACAUCGUGCCCCGCUCACCAAGUCCCUCUCCAACUCCACAAUCAGAGUUGGUCAAGAAGGAAGACACAACUGAGCCAAUACCGGAAAUUCACCCGAACGGUGUAUCACUCGCUGCUGCUCCGCGACCAAAAACCACCGGUGUGACCCCAGCUCCGCCUCAGCCGAAAUCCGUUUCGCCCACUUUCGACGAACACAAUGGUCUCAUAGAUGAAGAAAUCAUUGAUCUCAUCAAGCAUUACCGGGGACAUGAUAACGGGCUUGCGGGUCACAGCCGAAAGCGUCUUCUGGUACUCCUCAAGCAUUACGAGAACAAAGACACCGAGCGUGUCCCGAUCAAGCAAGAACCAGCUCCUAGCGAGACAGGAGUGCGCAUCAAACGUGAGCCUAACGAUGGUGGCAUUGUACUUGAAAAGGGAAAGAAGCGCAAGACGGAAAUCAUAGCCCUGGAUGAGUGA